CAGGCACAACGAACCCCGGAAAAGGGAAGCGGAAGACGGAGCCAAACGUUAAACAAAAAGUGAAGUUAGUAAAGUACAGCGAACCUGAAAUAAACGUAUCGGUAACUAGACGUGUGCGUACGAAGAAAACAGUUUAGAAAUGUGACAUUUACGAAUCAUUAAUCGCGUCGAAAAGCGUCAGUUGAGCUGAAGCGCGUAGCUAAUAGUUAGCUUAGUUAGACAACAAGACGCCGCAGCGCUCCUGAAACUGAUGACAAGAAAGUAUUUACCGACCAGUUUGUGAUGGUUAUUAAAGGUAGCUUCCAGUUUGUGGCCAGUAAACCCGUACUGUUUCAUUUCAGUGAACAAAUCUGGAUUUCUGCCCAGCGCUCUCUGUUUCCUGCGCUCUUUGUGAAAUGACCUGACUGCGACUUCACUGGUUCCAGCAUCAGAUGACAAUGGCCAGAAUAGCCUGGUAUCAAGAGAAGAUCGGGGCCUACGAUCAACAAGUCUGGGAGAAAUCUCUGGAGCAGGCGGAUCUAAACGGUUUGGACAGCAAACCAAGGAAGACGUGUCAAAUCAAGCCAGACCUCAUCGAUGUCGACUUAGUAAGAGGAUCAACAUUCAGCAAGGCCAAACCAGAGAGUCCCUGGACAGCUCUGACUCGGAAGGGUCUGGUCAGAGUGCUGCUGUUCCCGUUCUUCUUCCACUGGUGGAUCCAGGUGACCUCCAAGUCCAUCUCCUCAUGCAUCCUUGUGCUGUACUUCAUGCAAGUGGCAGCAGUGGUGCUGUACUUGGAGGUCCCUGGGGCGAGUGCCAGCGAGGUGUUUGGGCCCAUGUGUCUGAUGCUGCUGCUGGGUACCGUGCACUGCCAGAUUGUGUCGACCGAGUCCAGCCGGUGGCCCUCGAGCAGUCCAGCUGCCAGCUGCACCACCAGCCCUGCUCGCAGACGGAGGCCGAGGAAGGGCAGAGGGCUGAAAAAAUCAGAAGAAAAGAAUGACAGCGGGGACACAGAGCAGCAGGGGCCCUGGCAGUUUGAAGAAAGCCAGCGAUUAUACAGGACCGAAGAGAGGAGGACCAAAAGAAAGUCAGGAUUUGGGGCAUCCGACGAGCUCUCCAGUGAGGAAGAAGAGGGCAUACAACCAGUGGAAGUAACCCUUCCAGUACCUCUUCAAGAGAGACACCCUUCUCCAACCUGGCCGACAUCUGCACCGGUGCCCUCUGUUAGGAAGAGAAACCUAAAGUCUAACCCCAAACCCACAGUAAGACCUCAGGAAGUGAGCGGGGCCUCCAUCAAAGUGAAACCUCGAGAGGUGGAGCGCCUCAGGCCGAGCGUAGGCUCUCGUCCGGCCUCCGACACUGAUGACACGCUGUGGGAGGAGCUUCUCCAAGGGCCGGACACCGGCUCCACGGGGAGCAGCGACAGUGAGGCAAACGGGAGGUACAACGCUGGCAUGACGCUCCCACAAACCACCACUCUGAGCAGUGACGAUGAGAGCCUUCAGCAGGGAAUCACCGGAAACCAGCUGUCGUGGCUGCAGGCGUGUCACCCAUCCAAGGACCGUGUCAGUGCCAUAAUAUGGGAGCAGGGCGAGUGUAAGAAAAUAGACAUGUCAGUAUUGGAGAUCAGUGGGAUCAUCCUCACACGGGUGAAGAUGGUGGAGCAGGGUAUGGGUUACCUUGUGCUUGGCGGGCUGAUGACUGCCACCCUGGCACUGCUUCCCUUUGCCUUCCGCUUGGCUCAGCGUCUGGACAUGUCGAGCCUUGGCUCCCUGUCCCUGAAAGAGCUGGGAGAAAUGGCCAUUGGGCAGUAUGAUGCCCAGGCCUACUCCUUUUUCUUUAUCACGGCGGUGCAGAGAGUCUGCCUCACAGGGCUGUUCUUCUUCAUGAUGUGUGUGGCGGAGAGAACGUACAAACAGAGACUUUUAUUCGCCAAGUUCUUCAGCCACCUCACUUCAGCCCGCAAGGCCAAGAAAUCAGAGAUCCCUCAUUUCAGACUGAAGAAAGUCCAGAACAUAAAGAUGUGGUUGUCACUCCGCUCUUUUCUCAGGAGACGAGGGCCGCAGCGCUCCGUUGACGUCAUUGUCUCCACUAUCUUCCUUUUGGCGCUCUCCAUUUCAUUCAUCAUCUGUGCCCAGCUUCUGCACAACCACCAGACAUUCCUAGAGUCUCUGACAAACUGGGAGCUGAUGGUGUGGGCCUCCUCCCUCGUCCUCUUUCUGUUACGGCUGGCCACACUGGGCUCAGAGACCAACUGCAAAUACAGCAACUCCUCAGUGCUGCUCACUGAGCAGAUCAAUUUGUAUCUUAAGAUGGAGAAAAAGCCCAACAAGAAAGAGGAACUCAAUAUAGUGAACAAUGUUUUGAAACUAGCAACAAAACUGAUGAAGGAGCUGGAUACUCCAUUCAGACUGCUGGGUCUGACCGUGAACCCUCUGAUCUACAACAUCACCAGAGUGGUCAUCCUGUCCGCUGUGUCUGCUGUGGUCAGCGACCUGCUCGGCUUCAACAUUAGACUGUGGAAAAUCAAGCCUUAAUGUGAAAACAGCAAACCACUAACAGUCGGACACUGGAGACCAGAGGCUCUCCACGUCUGCUGCACACAGCGUCUCAUCUACAAAAACGAAGUGCAAACCUACUGACUGUGUAUUCAUUGUCUGUGCCUUCCAGCUGAAACUUCUGUCUUAAAAGAGUUUCAUCAGGCAUCCACAAGCCUGAGACGCUCUGACAAUCGCUCACACACACACACAUCAUUACUGGCGGCUCAGCUGGCGUCCAUGCGCCACGUCACUAACCCAGUGCCUAACCUCUGACCCUUGAAUGUCCCUCAGUGUGUGGUUAGAUAUAGCGGUGCGUUCGAGGUCUGUGAUCAUGUCAGGCUUCUGUGGCAUCCAGAUUUUCCGAGUGUGACCUGUGCAGGUGUGUGGACACAAUGUGAAGUGUAAACGCAGACCAUAGAUUUAGUUUUAGUCUUACUCCCUGAUGUGUCUCAUCAGUGUAACUAACUGUAAAACAAGCUGCGUGCUUUCUAAAGCCAGUGAAUCAAAAAUGGGCUGCCAGCUUCAUGAGAUGAAUUUUCACAGGACUGAACUUUGAUUUCAACCUUUUGUACUAUUUAAAGAGGAAACAUUGUGAUUGUAAGUGGGCUUUAUUUAUUUGGGGAUUCUGUUUUAGCACAAACUUGUGAUGGUACCUGUAAAGUCAUGAUGAGUCUCUGACCACUGUCUGUCUCUUGUGUCGAGGACCAUUAUUGAAUGAAAUAACUAUGCAGCGUUUGUAUAGUUAUGCUUAAAGACAAUGUUUGAUAAAGGUGAAUAAAUGUUUUUCAUGCACGGAU